UCUGACAUUAACGAUUAUACACAUUUGUGCAUUCUUUAUAAAUGCAAACUGGUCAAGACCACUAACGGAAGUAGUUUUGAAAAGUAAUAAGUGGUUCUGUCUUUUACAUGUAGGAUUACAUUUGUAGUGAUAUAAUAAUUGUGGGAUUUCUAUUGCAUCCACUUCAUCUGCAACGAAGAACGCCAGCGCAAUUUCCGCUGCAAUCGGCUACUCUCGUCUACUAGGCGAGCCGCAGCUCAUCUCAAACAAGCCGCAAUUCCUGCACGUCUAUUGGUCGAUUUUUCCUGUCUAUCAAAAUGUACUGUUUCGAUUCGGCCAAAUCACCUUUAAACCCCUCUCUCUCUGCAUCGCUCUCAACAAUAGGCUGACUGGCGUCCCAAUUGCAGUCUUUGAAUCACCUCAUUGGUUGUUUGCCUAGUCAAUCAGACCACUCUUGGCCGUGAUUGGCUGCUCUGUCAAAAGUAGGUGGUAAGUUUCCGGAAAAUACAUUUCCUUGUCUGUCAUAUGCGAAGCUAAGGGAAGAAGAACCAAUGUAUCCUCUGGAUAAAUAAAUAUACCACUUUUCUAACGGAAGAAACACGCCAGGCAUUUGAAUUAUACAUGAUAUACAGCCUCAAUUUGACCCAGGUAGCUUAAUGCUAAAUGUAGCCGCCGUUACGCAUCAGUGUUUGUUAAGCUAGCUGUUAUCACGCCGCUAUCUGACUGCAGCCCCCUGCUCUCCAAACACACCGCCUUUGUGGCUAUGAGUACGGAUUUACUUUCUGAUUUGGACAGUCGUUUCUUCGCUGAUAACCUCCUGACAAGCGAAGACUGGGAUGCCUGUCUGUACCAGUGUGAGAGCAUGGAGGAGGGUGAGGACGCUGACUUCAGCAGAGGGGUGAAACGCGAGCCGGCGUUUGACAAUAACCUUGUGUUCACCCUCGAUCCUGACAACCCCACGUCGCCAUGGCAACACCUUGACGAAAACCUUCUCACAGGGGAGGCUCCUGUGAUAAAAAGUGAAAUGACCAUCACUAAGCCGUUACCUGUGGAAAUGUUGUUCCAGGUGAAGGCAGAGCCUCCCUCUCCUGCAUCCUCAUUCAGUUCUGAAUGCUCUGCAGCAUCCCCAGACCCUCAGAUCACAGUUAAAGGGGAAAACCCCCCCACUCCUCCCUACAUGUACGGAGACGUGCUGUCCCCUCCGCUGGGGUCCUUGGAGGUCACCGUGGCAACUUCAGCUAAACCAAAGGCCCAGCUACAGGCCCAGCAACAGGCCCAGCUACAGGCACAGCUACAGGCGCCGUUAGCAGCACAGAUCCCAGCAGUCCUCGGUGGGAUUCAGACGCAGGCUUCAGUUCUGCCGGGUCCAGCCACGUUAAAGGCCAGCUCCAUCCUGAGCACCAAACCUCCCAUCCAGCCCAGACCGGUGUGUGUUUCCAGCCUCCCUGUCACCCAGACCCCCGCAGCCCCCAAGGCCCUCAUCCUGCAGGGCCUCCCCUCCAUGGACCAGAACAGACCUGUCGUCUUGUCUCAGUCUGUCUGCCUCGGUUCCACCCCGGCCAUCGUCAAAAUGGAGCCUUUGUCCCCCGGCAUCCCGCAGCACUGCCCCAGCCCCACAGCCCUGCCCUGUAGCAAACCCAUCGUUCCGGCAACGACAACGUUACCUGGCAACAACUGCAUGGAUAUCGAUAUGAAGGUGCUGAAGCGGCAGCAGAGGAUGAUAAAGAACCGGGAGUCUGCGUGCCAGUCGAGGAAGAAGAAGAAGGAGUACCUGCAGACCCUGGAGGCUCAGCUGAGGGAGGCCCAGCAGGAGAACGAGCGUCUGCGCAGAGAGAACCAGGCGCUGAGGGAGAGGCUGGCCGGGAAGGAGGGCAGUGACUCAGCGAGCAACAAGCGAGCCGUGUGUGUGAUGGCCGUCCUGCUCUUCAUGACCUUCAGCUUCGGACCCGUCAGCAUCACAGACAGGAAGCUGACAAGUCUACAGGACGGGGUGGUGCCGUAUACGGGACGGAGACUGCUGGAGUUUGAACAACAACAGAAACAACAACAAAAAGCCCAUCAGCAGCAGGCCGCCUCCCCUCCGAGCAGAGUGGAGGACGGGACGGAGCUGGAGGAGGAGGCAGGAGACGAGGCUCCAGAGUCAUAUCAGUUCAGGAACCUGAGUGAUGUGUUCAGUGACAUGAAGGACCUGGUGCUGCAGGACAUCGAUCGGUACUUCAGCUCGUCAGACUGCAGACAGUUCAACCGCUCCGAGUCACUCAGGCUGGCAGAUGAGCUGAGAGGCUGGGUCCAACGGCACCAGAUCGACAGGAAGAAGUCCGGAGGGAAACCCAAAAUAGCCAAGAAGGCCAAGAUCGCCCAGAAAGCUCAGCUGAGGAAGACAAACUUCUCCAGAUAUCUUCCCAUCCAGGCUCACCGCUCCAUAGAAAGCCAGCUGCAGGCGCUUCCUGGUCCGGAGGUCACCUACAGCGACUUCCUGGACGCCAUCGACCGGAGAGAGGACACUUUCUACGUCGUGUCCUUCAGACGG